AUGUCCUGCCGCCUGAAGGCAGGGGCACCGUCGAGGGCUCCAGUGGCGCAAUCGGUUAGCGCGCGGUGCGGUAAGCCGUAUCACGUCAAUGGUUUCCCUGUAAGAGAGCCGGCUGAGCCCCCCGACAUCAAAUACAGACUUCCGGUUCAAAUCAGAUUCACAAAUGAAGAGUUUUCCACACAGUCUGCCCCCCAAAAAACACAGCCUGAAAUCUCAGCAGCUCCUGAAGCCAACAUUUGUCACCCGCUUAUACGUAGACGAAAAGAAUUGAAUGGGGCAAAGUGUCAGCUCUGGCCAUUCACCCCACAAGAGUUCCACCGCAUCCUGGAUCACAAACAACUCUUGGCAGGGCACUUUUACAAAACGCUGCCCAGCGGCCUCAGGGUAGCCGAUAGCUCGGCCUUCCUUCAAUGCGACCGUCCCAGAGGAGGCAGGGAUGCUACGGUUAUAGCCCUUCACCUGCCAGCAGAUGGCCCUGUACCCCCUCCCUGCGAGGGGAGGAAGCACGUGGCACCGUUGACGCAAAAACCCAAGGGCUCGUCCGGGAUUUGA